CGUCUGGUCUCUGCGUGCUUGCUUUGCGCGUGCCCCGUGGCGUCCGCGGUCCCAUCAUCAUCGCAGCGGAGGAGCCACGGAGCAUGCGUGUUGAUACAGCAGGGGCUCUUUGCAGUAGAACGGAUCGAUGUAAACAAAUCGCUGCACUACUUCCCUCAGUGGACCUCAGGGAUUGACCGACUGUAAAAUUCCAAUCACCUGCCCUGUGAAGUAGCCAGCCUCAAGGUUGCUGCGUUUGUGCAGCGAUGUCGUCCGACUUGAGGCGGAGAACCAUCGAAAAAGAUGUGCAGCGGGAUGCUCAGCAGGAAUCGCCGGAUGGCACAGCGGUGGAUUCCGAAGAGGAAAGGCUUCCCGAGGAAAGUCAGAUGGAUAAACUGACGAAGGAUUUGCCUCAGGCGACAGACAACACGACGCAGAUCCUGGACAACGCGCUCAGCACCUUACCGUCCAGAUGGCGGAAUUAUGUUGUUCGAGGGAUCUUCACCGUGGCUAUGGUGCUUGGUUUUAUGGCAUUCAUAUGGGGAGGACCACUGGCUCUAAUGAUACUUAUUAUACUCAUCCAAAUAAAGUGCUUCCAAGAGAUCAUCGCCAUUGGAUACGCUGUCUACAGGGUGCACAAUCUACCAUGGUUUAGGUCAUUAUCUUGGUAUUUUCUGCUAGCAUCCAACUACUUUCUGUACGGCGAAAGCCUCGUCGACUACUUUGGUGUUAUGCUCAGCCGAACGGACUUCAUGCGGCCAAUGGUGCGUUACCACCGCUUCAUCUCUUUCUGCCUCUACCUUGUGGGCUUCAUCUGGUUUGUCCUGAGCCUCAAGAAGAAGUAUUACAUGCGACAAUUUUCUCUGUUUGCGUGGACGCACGUCACAUUGAUCAUCAUCGUCACACAAUCUUACCUGCUCAUUCAGAAUAUGUUUGAGGGACUGAUUUGGUUCAUUGCUCCGGUGUCAAUGAUCGUCUGCAAUGAUGUGAUGGCGUACAUCUUUGGCUUCUUCUUCGGAAAGACUCCCCUGAUCCAAUUGUCGCCCAAGAAGACCUGGGAAGGAUUUAUAGGCGGAGGGAUCUCCACAGUUAUCUUUGGAGCGUUUAUCUCCCAGGUGCUGUGCCAAUAUAAAAUGUUUGUCUGCCCCCUCGACCUGGGUGAGCCCAGGAGCUUCGUAUGUGAGCCCUCUCCGCUCUUCCAGCCGACAGACUACGAGCUGCCCAACCCUCUGGCGACGCUCUUCAGGCUGCUGCACCUGAGGACGGCGGUGACCAUGUAUCCGUUUGUGCUCCACUCGCUGAGUUUCUCUCUGUUCAGCUCCAUCAUUGGACCUUUCGGUGGAUUCUUUGCCAGUGGCUUCAAGAGGGCUUUCAAGAUUAAGGACUUUGGAGACAUCAUCCCUGGCCACGGAGGAAUCAUGGACCGCUUUGACUGCCAAAUUUUGAUGGCAUCCUUUGUCAGUGUCUACUACCAUAGUUUCAUCAGAGCACCCAACCAGCAGAAGAUCCUCCAACAGAUUUACCUGAUGAAGCCAGAGGUGCAGCUACAAAUCUUCACCAGCCUGCGGGACUUUCUACAGGAACGCGGCCAUCUCCCCGUAUCCCCCACAGACUAGUCACUCCCCACCACACCCAUUUUUGUGCCGACACUCGUUUUUUAAGCGAUAGCUCUGUUUUUUUUUUUAAGUGUUUGCGCAGAUUUUACCUCGUUUUAUAGGAAGGUGUCAGCACCGAGCUGUGAUCGGUGUGGACUUCCACGCCAAAAUAAAGGCCUGGCAGCGGUCGCAAUAUUAGUUCGAGCGUGCACGUACGUUGGCCGUUAUUUGUGCAUCGUUGUUGUUCUUGUUGUUGGAGAUUGUCUGUUGUUUACGUCGGCGAAAGCACGGCCUCUCGGUCGUCUUAAGUAGCUUCCGUCUCUUUGCCGUCAUUCCACAAGAUCUGACAUCGCUCUGCAGACGCGACCCCGAUUUUCGCGUCUCGUAAAUUUGUUUUUAAGAGUCCUUUGCCGAAUUCCCAGACGGGGGACUCUAUCUGUGGAAGUAAUAUUUUGCGGAGCAAAUUUUUGUUUUUUGCUUUCUAGUGAAAAGCCAGAGACAUAAUUUUUCUGCAUGGAGAGCUCUGCUUCUUUUUGGGAAACGUGCUCGGUUCUCUGCACAAAGUAAAGGCUUUCUCUCACAUUCCAUUACAGUGCACAAUCUUCUUUUAGCGAGCUAGCAGAAUUUGUGUGAUAAGUUUUAUUCUGAGGGCCCUCCCAGCUGCUGAGACUGAGCAGUUUGUGCUGUUCUUUUCCCCCUCCCCCUCGUCUGCUGUCUCGGAACGUUUUUGUCGUGAUCGUGGUUGCUUCCUCUGUACCAGACGAGCGAAAUAAACAAAUGAACCCAA